CGAAAAUUUCGAAAUGCUGGACGGAGGUCUUCCGUGACUUUCUAAGUCCACCGUCACAGCGGUGAAUCUGGAAUUUAUAGUAAUUGAUGACAAAUAAGGACCAACAACAUGCUUAUGGAUCUGUUUAUUGAGACGCUGACCGGUGUAUCUUUUGGGCUUCGUGUAUCUCCUGCCGAAACAGUGAUGUCCAUCAAGUCAAAAAUCCAGAGGGCUGAAGGUAUCCCGAUUACCCAACAGCAUCUCAUAUGGCAAAACGGGGAGCUAGAUGACCAUCGUCGUCUCCGUGACUACUCUAUUUCUGCUGGUUCAACCAUUCGUCUAGUUCUCGGUUUGCGUGGUGGUCCACUUAAUGCACACCGCAUUCCGCCACUCCGUCUUACGCCAAUCCAGCUGACUCCAGCAGCACCAUCGUCAUCUUUUCUUCCAAGGAUCCACCGCAUGUCAUCGGCUAGUACUCGGUUAACUCAGCUGUCGCGGUUCCAUUUUCCUGCUCUGUGUUCGACAGGAUUUUCAUCCGAUUCAACACCCGGAUUACAGCAGAACGGUUCAACACUUUCACCAUCUUCGGAAACUUUAGUUAAUCUUUCCCAAUCUGAAGCAUCCACUUCAUCUGCGACAAUUGGAAGAAAUCCACGGGCAACUUCAGACACUCCAUCACUCUCGAGGAAGCCAACUACAAAGUCUUCUUUGGGCUCAUCUCCUAGGUUAGCUGGACCAUUCUCUUCUGAAGAGGUUCACAACCAUGUUGACCCCAGCAGUGAUCAACCUUCUAAGCCGUCAUGUUCGACUGCUGACCCAAGCCAGUAUCACAGUUCCCCCCUGGCUUCUCGUAAGGAGGACACUAUUGUGAAGUUCCCUUCCUCCCAGCCUGACGUUUGUGACUCAGCUGUUGACGACCCACCCAGUUUUGGAUCUGUUAACGGCCCCUGUUCUACUAAGUCAGCGGAUAGUGCUAGUCCCCAGACUACUUCUCGACAAACCCCUGCAGCGCUUGACUACCCACCUUUAUUCCCUCUCUCAGGAAGCUCCCGCCCUUCGUUCAGUUCGUUUGAUGUUUCUCCGUACUGGCGUUUGUACGAACCAAGCAGAAUAACUACUCUACCCAAGUCGUUCACUCGUAACCUGUUCUCAGUAGCUAGUACCCCCGAACCAGGUCGUGAUAGUCCUCCCUCUGCUGCGCCAGUAGAUUGUGAUUCACGGAAGCUUACCGUGCCUAAAUCUGAAGGUAACUGCACUCUUGACGGAGAAGAAUCUUCUUCCCCUACGACUGGUACCGAAACGAAUGCGGCUGCGGCGGCUGCUGCUGCUACAUUGUUAGCUGGUAUUCUUUCCUCCUCGGGUGACCGACUGGAUUUCCCCAUACAGACUAGUGGAAAUGAACGGACCACUAUUUGUCAUCCCCGCUAUCCAUACCACUGGAUUCGGCGAACGACGCCUUUGAAUGAGGACGGUGAGGUACAACACCGGCUGAUUACAUCAGGUAGCUUCUGGGAUCCAGAUGAAGUAGGCGAAGACUGUGAUCUGCUUUAUAACAUGUUUGACGCCGAAACCGAACGUGAUGACGAUGACGUAGAUGAAGAUGACGAUGGUGAAGGAGAAGACGACGAAUCGGUCGAGGCUCGAGGAGCAUAUGAUGGUGAAAUGGAUGAUGACGACAGUUUAGCGGACUUAGAAGAUUAUCUCUUCUACUACCGUACUGGUGAUCUACUUUUCGGUCCUCCCUCUCUCACUUCAAUUUGCCCACCCUACUUUUAUGCUGUACGGGACACAUUCGGAACCGAGUCGGAAGCCGACUUUGGGGUUUACACAACGCGCACAAUGAAGGAUAGCCAUCCAGUUGGACAAAGGAAUGAGAAGUCGUGGCGUGAGGAAUGCAGUCAGCUCGCGGAAAAGGUGAAUGAUUUGAAGAAUAAAAUGAAUGAACUACGCAUCCGUCGCCAACACCGACAAAAGGUGCGGAGCCAUGAACAACCAGUCUGCGAGCGGACAGUGCCAGAGAGGAAUUCGGAAACCCAAGACAGCCCCAACAAACCACUAAACAUUACUUCUCAGAAUGUUUUGGGAAGCGAAAUAGGAAAGUCAGAAUCUUCGUCAAACACACUUCCUGUGGCCGUGUAUUCCUCUGAGGCAGUCAUAUCGUCCAAUCAAUCUGUGGAUGCCAAAGUUCUCCAAGAGACGGCCGGAACAAGCUCACCAGAACCCUCUCAGGUUUCAAAUCCGCGACGACGACGUUUCGCCACAGUUACCCCUCCAAAGUUUCUUUCCUUGCUUCGUUCGUCACAACAAGAUUUCACUACAGAACCAACUGAUUCAGGUGUUCAGUCCUCUGCCGUGGCACGGAUCCCAUCAACUGUUUCGUCUGACAAUCAGUUCACAAGGUCGAUCCCAGCUCCUCUUUCCCCACUUCCUCGUGAUCGAAAUCGCCGAUCCUUUUAUUCAGUUCUCAGACCACUGUCUUCUUCCACCUCUUGCCAGUCGCGAGAAGCUCCCACACUUGUUGGCAAAUCCUCAUGCUCACUGCUGUCAACGCCGGAAUGCAAACCACCUAUUCACUUCCGGUCUUCCUUGCUGUCUCAUUCAUUGGGCGUUUCCAACUCCAGUGGCAACGCCGUUCGUCCGCAAACUUCAGCUGUCCCUGUGACAUCUGGUUCGCGUAUUUUGCCGGAAUUAACAGAGCGUCCGCGUCCGCUGGUGAGUAGUGGGGAACUUCCAGUGGUCAACAGAUCAACAUCCGUUGAGAAAUCCAUUCUUCCCGCAAUUCCAACGACAUCCGGAAAAAGCGAGCCAUCGACAGUUCCAAAGUCUCCACCACGGCCUACCUAUUCUCCAUCGAGUUCAAUGCGAAGAAAACGAUGUGCCUUGUGCCUCCGACGUACCGGUUUGGUCAACAGUUACUCUUGCCGCUGUGGCCGAAAUUUCUGCUCUCGUCACCGGUACGCUGAGGUCCAUACAUGUCCAUUCGAUUACAAAGCUGAAGGCAGACAGGCACUGAUCGAUGCAAACCCAGUGGUCACUGCCUCCAAACUACCCAAGAUUUAGUGCGUAUAGGAGCAGGCUUGCCGUCUAACAGACUGCAUCGCCCAUACAUUCAACUGCGCCAUACAAAUACAUUCGCUUCAUUUCAGACUUCAAUCUAUGUUGCCCGUGCCACCACGCACACCAAUACUUUUGGGCUCACCAGUCAUACUGUGAUCUCACUGUUCUUCAGAUCUAGUCUGGUAUUGUUUCGCUAUCUACUCAGAUCGGUUCAACGGCUCAAUGUUGUGAUGGCUUGACUUUCAGCGCACAGAGCACGUACAGUGCACACUUUAUGUUGCCAACGACUGCAAUGGGAACCAUUGAAAGCAGCAAAUAUCACCGCAUGCUUUCGAUCAAACUCUAAUUAUUAAUGCACAUAGCGAUGGUAAAUAUCUGCGCGUGUGAUUCUACGUUUCCGCUCUCCAUAUCAUUCUCUGGCUUCUUCGGCUGUGUUGUUUUCCGAAUGUCUGUUUUCGCAAGGUAUGACUUUUGGAUCACCCGGAGGCCAAAUUGAGGUCUAUCCAGUGUAGACUUCGCUUGCCACUACUGUGGAUUAUCGACACGCACAUCCUGAUUCUUCAUUCCGCAUGUCCUUUACAGCUUGCAUUUUCCUCAUGUUAUGUAUGUCUUCCCUGAAAGUCUUACUCUGCUUUCCAAUCCGUUUGCUUUCAUUUUCCAUUCUGUUUACUUUUGUGUGUGCAUUGUACACCCCUUCGGGUGAUUCAUUUGUCUAUAAGCUUUGCUGUGGAUUGGUGUUCUCAUUCUCUGUGUGGUUUGGUCUACUUUCUUCAGCUUUUUAUCACUGAGAGCGGAUUCUCGAAACAGUGGCGCAGAUUUUUCUGCCGCUGCAUCGCCACCACACCGUGCCCGACGAUAGCCCCCUUGCCUGGCACCCUGCGGUUAGACCCGUUUGGUCCCUCAUUGCUUGUAUCUAUUUUCGCUUGUAGGUUGUGCCCUGUUGUGCUUAACACUCAGUCAAUUGGCAUAUUCACCAUACCAACAGUUAUUGGAUUCCCAACAGUAGGUUAUGGGGUCCUCACGUACGUGUCGCUUUUAUUUUGUGAUGAUACAUGAUACAUUUAUCUCCUG